AGAAAGGACAGAGUCCGACUGGCUGGGCUGUGGGUAUCAUGGAUCUCAAAAACAGUCGUUCAGUGAAACUGAAUGAUGGACACUUAAUGCCAGUGCUUGGGUUUGGCACGUUUGCGUCUGGAGAGGUUCCAAAGAGCAAGGCUAUGGAGGCCACCAAAAUAGCCAUUGAUGUAGGUUUCCGUCACAUAGAUGCAGCUUACUUCUAUCAAAAUGAGGAAGAAGUUGGACAGGCCCUCCGAGACAAGAUAGCUGAUGGAACUGUGAAGAGGGAGGAUUUGUUCUACACCACCAAGAUCUGGAGUACUUUCUUUAGACCAGAGUUGGUUCGUCAGUGCCUGGAGAGAUCACUGAAGAAACUUGGGCUGGAUUAUGUAGAUCUCUGCAUUAUUCAUAUACCGUUUGCUAUGAAGCCUGGAGAAGAACUUAUGCCAAGGGAUGCAAAUGGAAAAGCCAUUUUAGAAACAGUGGACAUUCGUGAUACAUGGGAGGCCCUGGAGAAGUGUAAGGAUGCAGGCUUAUCAAAAUCUAUAGGGGUGUCUAAUUUUAACCACAAACUGCUGGAAUUGAUUCUGAACAAACCAGGGUUGAAAUACAAGCCCACCUGCAAUCAGGUAGAAUGUCACCCAUACCUAAACCAGAGCAAACUUCUGGAGUUCUGCAAGUCCAAAGACAUUGUUCUAGUUGCGUACAGUGCCCUGGGAUCGCACAGAGACUCAAACUGGAUCAGCAGUGAUAGCCCGUAUCUCCUAGAGGAUCCUCUCUUAAUGACCAUUGCCAAGAAACACAAUCGAACUCCAGGCCAGGUUGCCCUGCGUUACCAGCUGCAGAGGGGUGUGGUGGUUCUGGCCAAGAGCUUCAAUGAGAAGAGAAUCAAAGAGAACUUCCAGGUGUUUGACUUUGAAUUGACCUCAGAGGACAUGAAAGCAAUUGACAGCCUCAACAGAAAUUUUCGAUAUUCUAAAAUGUCAUUUGCGAUGGAUCACCCUUACUAUCCAUUUUUUGAGGAAUAUUGAACACGAGCUGCUAAAUAUUUUGGAGACUUUCCUCCUUCCAGGCAGUGUGUAGCUGAGUUUGGUGGGGUGGCUAAGAAGCAGUAUCCUUGUCUUGUGCCUGUCUAAUGUCACAAAACUACGAAUCACAAGUGAGGCCAUUUGUUUUUCCUGAUGAUUAAAAAUUACAGAAAAUUACAGAAAAUUACAGAAAAAUUAUAGAGAAUUUACCAGAUAAAAGGAAAUAUUUGGUGUAGUUUCCUUGA